CCUCCUGUACCAUCUGAUCUUGUCUACAGCUCAGGCUACAAGCCUGUUUCCGAAAGGGUCUCCUCCGCCGUGCUGCGGUUCUUAGUGCGCAUGGGCGAACGCAAUUCCUCUGCACGGCAAAAUGGCGUCGCGGUUGGUUUGUGGACCCCGGGAGUUUCGGCGUUUGCUACGGCCCGGGCGUGAGUUCCACAGCGUCGCAAGGCUCUUGCACGGGCCACGGAAACCUCUGACUACGGGUCUCCUGAUCCCUGCCGGCCGGUGCUGCGGGCGCCCGCAUUAUGUCCUCCUAUCAGCCCCCAACCCCCGAAGCCUCAGUACCUCUGCCGUCUCAUUUGCAGAAGCCCAGGUUCAGGCCCCUCCAGUCAUUCCUGCAACUCCCUCACCUACAGCCAUAACUGAGGUUGCUUCUGGAGAGACUGCAGAUGUAGUCCAAGCUGCUGCAGAACAGAGCUUCGCUGAACUGGGGCUGGGGUCAUAUACCCCUGUAGGACUGAUUCAAAACUUCCUGGAAUUUAUGCAUGUUAACCUAGGCCUACCUUGGUGGGGGGCCAUUGCUGCAUGUACAGUCCUUGCCCGCUGCCUGGUGUUUCCUCUCAUCAUAAAGGGCCAACGAGAGGCAGCCAAGAUCCACAACCACUUACCAGAGAUUCAGAAGUUUACCACUCGAAUCAGAGAGGCCAAGUUGGCAGGAGACCAUGCUGAGUUUUACAGGGCUUCCUCAGAGAUGACUUUUUACCAGAAAAAGCAUGAUGUUAAACUCUUUAGACCUCUCAUUCUACCUCUGACUCAGGCCCCGAUCUUCAUCUCCUUCUUUAUUGCCUUGAGAGAAAUGGCCAAUCUUCCUGUGCCCAGCCUGCAGACUGGUGGCCUCUGGUGGUUCCAGGAUCUCACGCUAUCUGACCCCACCUACAUAUUACCACUGGUAGUCACUGCUUCAAUGUGGUGUGUCCUUGAGUUAGGUGCUGAGACUGGUGUGCAAAGUUCUGACCUUCAGUGGAUGAGAAAUAUUACCAGGUUGAUGCCCCUGGUAGUCUUGCCCAUAACUAUCCAUUUCCCCUCGGCAGUGUUCAUGUACUGGCUCUCCUCCAACAUGUUUUCCCUGGGCCAGGUGGCUUGCCUGCGGAUUCCAGCUGUACGCACAGUAUUUAAAAUCCCCCAGCGCAUCAUGCAUGACUCCAACAAGUUACUUCCACAGGAAGGCUUCUUAAAGAGCUUCAAAAAAGGUUGGAAGAAUGCCGAACUGGCACACCAGCUACAAGAGCGUGAGCGACGCAUGCAGAAUCACUUGGAGCUGGCAGCCAGGGGUCCCUUACGACAGACCUUUACCCACAACCCUCUUCUACAGCAUGGAAAGAAUCACUCUCCCAGUGCCUCUGACAGGAACAAGGCCAAAGCAAAGCCCACACCACCCUGGCGUGACACGCUCAGCUGAUUGCAUUCUUUGUUCACACUGGCAGGAAUGGGCUCUUCAGACUCAGCCUCAGAGCAAGGUUUGACUGAGUCCUCGCCCCAGACCUAAAAACUGUGGAACAUGGAGAUGUUUUAAAAGUUGAUUCCACUACAGACUCUUAGACCUAAGUGUGAAAGAGCACUGGGGAGCCAGGUAAUCUUCCCAGCUACAGAGUUAGUAAACCUCUGUACUACA